GGAGAGAGUAUGUUGCAUGUGCGGCGACGUCGGUUUCUCCGACAAGCUCUUCAGCUGCGGGCACUGCCGCUGCCGCUUACAGCACUCUUAUUGUAGCAACUACUACAGCGAGUUUGCGGAGCCUGCAGAGAUCUGCGACUGGUGCCGCAGCGACGACCGGAAGCUGGGCAACGUUGCUAGACAUGGCGGCUCUUCUUCAAAGAAGUCUUCUUCUUCCGUUAAUUAUGAAAAUGAUGAGUUCACAAACCGACCAGACUAUUCGUCCGGCCGCGGGAUCAAGCAUAACAAUAACCAUCAUGAUCAAGUGGCCAAAGGCGUUGCCGGAGCUGGAGGCGGAGUGCCGUCGCCUAAGACGGCCACACGAAGGUACAAGCUUCUCAAAGAUGAGCAAUGGAAAGAUCUUUUCCCGUCCAUAGUUGCUCAGGCUUCAAUGAUGUUGUCUGAUGGUGAUCCUCCUAAUAUCGAUGAACGUACUCUACAUGCACAAGUAGAGAUCAAGGCUGAAAUUCAAGGACUUUGUCCUUUGAUGGGUGUUAGGGAGAUUAUUUUCUUGAGGUCCUGCCAUACUAUAAAAGAGAGAAAAGCAGUGAUUGUUAUCGACCUCCCCAGUCCGGGGAGGUUAAUCAGCAACCCAUUGCGCAUCCAACAACCUUUUCUCCGAAGCUGCAUAUUGGAACAAUCUUCUCUUGGUGUUUGGAAUGCGAAACGUGCUCUUGUUGGAGCUGGCGGUCGCGCCCUUUUCUACCCAACAUUGCUCUACAACGUUCUCCGGAACAUGGUUCAGUCUGAAUUCCGAUGGUGGGAUCUGGUCGAUGAGUAUGUAUUGCUUGGUGCUGUGCCUUUCCCCACUCAUGUUCCACUUCUCAAGGAACUUGGUGUUUAUGGCGUUGUUACCCUCAACGAGCCUUUUGAGACUUUGGUUCCCUCAUCUCUCUAUCAUGCUCAUGGUAUCAACCAUCUAGUGAUUCCCACUAGAGAUUAUCUCUUUGCUCCAUCAGUCAGGGAUAUCUGCCAAGCUGUUGAUUUUAUUCACAAGAAUGCGUCAAGUGGCAAGACUACUUAUGUUCACUGCAAGGCUGGUCGCGGACGCAGUACAACCAUUGUGAUCUGUUACCUGGUGAAAUACAGGGAAAUGACACCAGAGUGUGCAUAUGAGUACAUUCGGUCCAUAAGGCCGCGGGUCUUACUUGCUUCGGCUCAGUGGAAGGCUGUGAAGGAGUUCUGCAGUUCCAGAAUGGGAAGGAAGGCAAAAGAAAGCAGCGUAAUUGUGAAGCGAAGAAGCUUAGGAAGCGAGGCUGAGAAAGAGAUGUUGUCAUUGUUCGAUGAUGGGUCGGUGGUGGUGGUAACAGAGUCAGAUCUGGCUGGGUAUGAUGAGCCUCGAAACAUAUGUGGUGAUGCUUCAUGCGUGGAUGUGUUGCCAGAGCUGAGUUUGGCUUGCAAGGUCCAGUUUGCAAGCCAAGCUGCAUUGGCAAGGAUCUCAUGCUUGUGGCUUAAAUCACCAAGGAGACAAGUCCUUGUUGAUCAGUUGCAGAGUCUUGGUGUCAACAUCAAAGUCUGUUAAGUUUCAGACUAUGGUGGCAAGUGAAAAGUAGGAUGUGAUACUCAUUUUGAGGCAAAUGUACUUGUAUCCCUUGUACAAAAACAUUGAUAUCUUCAUUUACAGUGGGUAAUUGUGUUAAGAUGACUCUUAUCGUUUUUU